ACAUGGGGGUUCAGGUUUGGGGAUCUGAUGCUGUCACUGCCCACCGACGCUCGCAGGGACAACUUUGAGAGGCCAUGUGCUUGUCCCCCUGAGGAAGUGGGAGAAAUCCCUGCAGCUCGGUUUUGUUCCAAUGGUCUGCUCAGUGAGUGAUUCCCGUUUCCCCAAAGGCUGCCCCUCAUUAGCAUGAACGGGGGUGGGGGUGUGGAGAAGGGGUGGGGGGAGAGAAAGAGCAAAAGCCCAGGCUCAGUUUUAGAGCCUGGGAACCGUGUCUACGAAAAUGACAGCUAGAGCUUUCUGGCUCCUCUGUUUGAUCGUUGGAUCAUCUCCCGAAGCCCCAGUGGCGGACAGAAAAGCCUCGCCGCCCCACGGCAGGAAGCCCGACCCCGGCGGCGGCCCGAGCGCGGAGGAGACGCCGGGGCCCCGAGCGCAGCCGGUCCCCGAGGCCCCGCGGCGGCCACGCGCGGCCGAGGCCGCCCCCCGCGCUUGGCCCGACCCGCGACGCCGGAAGCCCCCGCCGCCCGCCGAGAACCGGGCCGGCUUCCGGGAGGCCGCGCGCGCGCCCGCCGGCCCGCCGAGCCCGCGCCUCGCGCAGGCGGAGAACCGCGCCUCGCCCCGCCGCGCGCCCGCGCUGGAGGACGCCCCGCGGCGAGCCCGCGCCCGGGCCCUGCGCUUCCCGGCCGUGCGGCCGCCCGCGCGCGCCGCCGAGGCCCCCGCCGGCCCCGCCCACCCCAACCGGCCGCGCGCCGCCGCGCCGCCCCCGGAGCCCGCGCCCGCGCCCGCGCCCGCGCCCCCGCCGCCGCCGCGCCCCGGCCCGCCGCAGAGGGACGCGGAGCCGGGCGCCCAGCCCUGCGCGCGCGCCUGCAGGGUGGACCUGGACGAGCGCGAGUCCUACUGCGCGAGCGAGUUCGCAGUGAACGGGAUCGUCCACGACGUGGACGUGCUCGGCACCGGGAUCCGGCUGGUGACCCUGCUGGUGGACCGGGACGGCUUGUACAAGAUGAGCCGCCUGUACAUCACUCCGGACGGGUUUUUCUUCCGAGUCCACAUACUGGCCCUGGACGACUCCAGCUGCAAUAAGCCGUGUCCAGAAUUUAAACCUGGCAGCAGGUAUAUCGUGAUGGGCCACAUCUACCAUAAGAGACGCCAGCUCCCUACGGCUCUGCUCCAGGUCCUGAGAGGACGGCUCCGACCCGGAGAUGGACUGCUCAGGAGCAGCAGCAGCUAUGUGAAGAGAUUUAAUCGAAAAAGGGACGGGCAAGUGCAAGAUGCAGUUCACACCCAGUGCAUCUGAAUCGUCCUAUCCUUGGGCUUUUGGGAGAGACUUGGCAUUCAGCAACAAGAUGGGGAAGGGCCUGUCUCCACGUAAUGGGGUCUUCCUGUGGAGUAGGGCCCAUAGCUCCUUCUGGAACUGACUGUGUCAUUCCAACUCUAAUCUUCAAGUUGCCACUUAUUUACAAGAUGCCUCUUCGAUGGUACGCUUCAGAGCUCCCUGGCAAAGCUAUUCAGCUCUCGUGGCAGUUAUUCACGCGGCUCAGAUAACUGACCUGUCCAGUUAACACAUCACCGCUUCAUGUUGUUUAUUUUUAAUUAUUUUAAUUUAAAUACAUUCUUCAGUAGAAAUAGUUCACAAAAAACAUUUCCUUGAUUUUAAAUAUACAACUUUGAAUAGGUUCUAUCACGUAUCAAACCCAAGUUUCAUACUAAAACCAUCACAUUUUAAAUUCUGUACAGACAGUGCACUAGUCAAAAGACAUGUAUUGAAAUGUCAUUUAGAUCAAACACUAGGGUCAGAACUCAAGACAAGUAUUAAAGUUUUACACUUAGAGUACUAACAGGCUUAAUUCAAGCAAAAUAUUCAAACAAGUGUUCCUGAUGUACCAAAAUGUGAUAAAUGGUUUAUUUUCAUGCCUCCCUGCUCCUAAAAACGCAUGUUUUGCGCCAGACUGGCAACUAUCCCAAUGCUAAACAUAUUCUGGGUGUAUCUGAUGUCAUUUUUCUAUUAAGACCAAGUAUCGUGUUUGUGUUUGUAAAGUAGUAAAUCUUGCCUUGAAAUCAGAUCUUGGAUGCACCUGGUUUUUUUAGCCUCACUGAGCUCUAAAGGUUUGGGAAAAAAGCCUUCCUCAAACAUACUCCAAAAACUCUGGAACCAAUAUGCAAUGACAGCUUACAAGUAUGGGAAUUUUAAACAUUUUCCAGUUGGUUUGGAAAAGGUUUAAUCACUAGCUGAAUUUAAUAUCGAUUUUAUACUUGAGUCCCCAAAGACAUUAACAGGUUUUUUUUUUUUUUUUUUUUUUUUUUUCCCAGAAGACUUAAGCUGUAGAUCAGUUAAGCUGAAACACGUGAAUAGAGACACGGAUAAUCCAUGAUUGGAAAUCACUGCCUAUGGAAAGAUAAACAGGAACUGCACCAAAGAAGAAAAAAACCCAGCCUAUUCUGGUCUCAGAGAUGUGCUCAGGGAGCUCAAGAUGUGUUCUUUAGAACAUUAGUCUUUAAUGGCCACACAGAAGUACUGUAUACCUAAGGGAUGUUUAGGACAGGACCAUAGAGCAUCCACAAGGAAGCAGUAGCCUAAGACAGAACAUCCAAGUGUGAUGGGAGAUACUGUCACCUUAUUUGUCCCAAAUGAGGCAAAAACAUUAAAAAAAAAAAAUUGACAGUUUUUUUUUUUUUUAACAUUUGAGAGAUUCUGAUUAUUCUGUGGUAAAGGAUUACUGAGGGAGUUUUAGAGAAUUUUCCAAAAAUGAGUGUUGCCCACACUUAAUAAAAGUCAUGCUACAAUUGUUUCUCAG